UGCUGGAUGAUCCGCUCCGCUCUCAGUGAGUUCACAAAACUGUUUGCAUACCAAUCUCCCCUCAACACUGCAUGCUUGUCCAAAUUGGGAUCGCUGAUCUCGGAGCGGUGGAUUUUUUUUGUACUUGGCGGACGCUGCAGGGGACAAUUCACCACCGUGGACAUCCCAGCUGAUCGGCAUUUGUCAUAGUUUUAUUUUAACACCCACAUCCAAACAGUCACAGGUUUCUCAAACAGGCUGCUUUUAGUGAUAUUUUCGCAGGGAAACGCAGCUUGUCACAGCCCAGGAGCUUUCGGCGCUGAGCUGCGUUUGGAGCCCAUGAAAACAGGAGAGGAGAGAAAACAGGGAGAAGUCACCAGCUUCAUCUGAACAAAGACGAGGCACAAGCAGAUACACAUGGGGCAGGGAGAGGCUUCAGCACGGGGGACAACCAUGGAGGGGGACUGUCUCAGCUGCAUCAAGUACCUCAUGUUUGUCUUCAAUUUCCUCAUCUUUCUAGGGGGCUCUUUCCUCCUGGGAGUGGGAGUGUGGGUACUGGUGGACCCCACAGGGUUCAGGGAAAUUGUAGCAGCCAACCCCUUGUUAUUCACCGGCGUCUACAUCAUCCUGGGCAUGGGAGGCAUGCUCUUUCUUCUGGGCUUUCUCGGCUGCUGUGGAGCUAUCCGUGAAAACAAGUGCCUGCUCCUCUUGUUCUUCAUGCUCAUCCUCCUCAUCUUCUUAGCAGAGCUGGCUGCUGCCAUCCUGGCCUUCAUAUUCCGGGAACAUCUGACCAGAGAGUACUUCACCAAGGAGCUGAAGAGACAUUAUCAGGGCUACAACAACACUGACGUCUUCACCUCCACAUGGAAUGCCAUCAUGACUACAUUUGACUGCUGUGGGGUGAACAGCCCAGAGGAUUUUAAGGACAGCCUGUUCAGGCUGAUCAACCAAAAUCAUAUGGUGCCAGAAGCCUGCUGCCAGCGUGCCAGUCAGACCGGGGAUGUGGCCUAUAUCAGCCAGGAGCAGUGCUUAUCAGGCAGUAUGAUGUACCGCAAUAAUAAGGGCUGCUACUCUGCAGUAGUUGACUACUUUGAACUGUACAUCUAUGUGGCUGGAGCACUCGCCAUUGUGGUGCUGACCAUUGAGCUUUUUGCCAUGGUCUUUGCGAUGUGUCUCUUCAGGGGAAUCCAGUAGAGCUGCUCCAUCUGUGAACUUUUUUUUUUAAGAAAAAAAAAAGGGAUUUCAGGAGAUAAGAAUAAAACGGACACUUGUAAAUUUGUUGAUUUUUUUUUUUUUCUAUUGGCCAAUAGGUAGAAAAACAAACUUACAAACUCUUGUACUUCACAGCUGGACUUUUGAGGUACUGGGUGGCAAAAAAAAUUACAAAACAUACAAACACACAAACCAUAGAGAAAAAUGGGAGAUCAGAGACAAAACUGAUGUAAAAAGAUUUGUGUGUAAAGUGGAAACAGUAGUUUGUGGACCAGGUCUAGCACAGACUGGGUGUAAAGUGGACCGGGCAUGAGGACCAGGUGAAGCCUGAGCAGAAGGCACUGCACUGACUUUUGGAUGAAGAAUAUUUAUAUUAAGUAAAGUUGGCUUAACUGUAAAAAAUGUGUUUUAUGUACACUUUGGCUGUUACCCUUUCCCCUUACAUACUGUAUACUGUAACACACUCCCUCCCUCCACAUGCCUUUUUUACAGCCACUCUUCUCUUUAAUGCUGUAUUAUAUAAGCUCUGUGUGUAUGUGUGUGUGUGUGGGAGCAUGUGUGUGUGUUUGAGUGUGUGUACAUACUGAAUGCUCUUUCUGAAUGUGUUUGAGCUAGUUUGUGAGCAUGUGAGCCUGUGGUUCUUCAUGACCCCUUCCCAAGCUUGAAAGCCCACUUCUGAUACUUUUUCUAAUCGUAUGGUGAUGUUUAUUGCAGUAGUGGUUAUAUGUGGUUUUAGGUGGUGAAAUGUAUGUGUAUGCAUUUGUAUUAGAUUCUUGAAAAGUCAAUGACAUAAAUGGCAUUCUAAAUGAC